GAGAGAGGGAGAGAGAGAGAUAGAAAAAGGCGAAGGAAAGGCGCGCGCGCUCCGGUUGGGCGUAGCAUAUGGCCGUGGCUCGAUAGAGAGCGUGCAGGUUUGCGCGGUGGAGAAUGUGAGCGCGCGUGAGCGAGCGAUGGACGCUCGAGAGCGCGUCCCCGCCCUGUACGCGCGUCUGAGAGCGACAGACAGACCGACGGAUCGGCUCUCGUGUUAGACUGACAGACUGACCAAGAGUGACCAGAGUGAUGAUGGAGCGGUGCGUUCCCGCGCUCUCGGUGUGCGUGAGCGCGCUUUCCCUGCUCCUCCUCCUCCUCGCGCUCUGCUCCGACCACUGGUACGAGACGGACACGCGCAGGCACAAGCGGAACUGUGACCGGAAGGGCUCGGACUCCAACGACCAGAAGAACCGCGACAUGCCCAUCUACCACCUGCCGCUGGUGGAGGGGGGCGCGCGUCGCGGGGGGGCGCUCGCGAGGCCCAUCCACGUGGGCAGCCCUGAGGAGGAGCUGCUGGAGAACUGGAGGGCCAUCGCUGGACUGGGCAUCCUGGAGACCGAGUGCGGAAGACCGCUGUUCCCCACGCACUCGGGCCUGUGGAGGAAGUGCUACUUCCGGGGGAGGGACCGCGACAUAGACACGCUCAUUAGCAAAGGUAUUGCAGACCGCUGCACUUCUGUCAAAUACCAUUUCUCUCAGCCCAUCCGGCUCCGGAACAUUCCGCUCAACCUCACCCGGACCAUCCAGCAGGACGAGUGGCACCUCUUACAUCUGCGGCGGAUCACAGCCGGGUUCCUGGGCAUGGCGGCCGCGGUGCUGCUGUGUGGAUCUAUCGUGGCUGCAGUCGGAUUCUUCUGGGAGGAAAGUCUGACCCAACACGUGUCCGGCCUGCUGUUCCUAAUGGCAGGAAUCUUCUGUACGAUCUCUCUGUGCACGUACGCCGCGAGCGUGUCGUACGAUCUCUCCCGGAAUCCUCCCUUCAUUUACGGUCUGCCGGCGGACGUGGAUCACGGAUACGGCUGGUCCAUCUACAGCGCGUGGGUCAGUCUGGGGCUAACCGUGGCGUCCGGCUGCUUCUGCACCACCUACCCUUUCCUGAGCCACGGCAAAGCGCUGCGCUCCAAAACCGCCCGCGAGUCAGCCGUCUGAGAGAGAGAGAGAGAGAGAGAGAGAGAG